AAGAUGGCGACGGCCUUGAGCGAGGAGGAGCUGGACAAUGAAGACUAUUACUCACUGCUGAACGUGCGCAGGGAGGCCUCUGCUGAAGAGCUGAAGGCUGCCUACCGGAGGCUGUGCAUGCUUUACCACCCGGACAAGCACAGGGACCCGGAGCUCAAAUCACAGGCAGAGCGACUGUUUAACCUUGUGCACCAGGCUUAUGAAGUGCUUAGCGACCCCCAGACGAGGGCUAUCUAUGAUAUAUAUGGGAAGAGAGGCCUGGAGAUGGAAGGAUGGGAGGUGGUGGAAAGAAAGAGAACACCAGCCGAGAUCAGAGAAGAGUUUGAGAGGCUUCAGAGAGAGCGAGAAGAGCGGAAACUACAGCAGCGAACGAACCCCAAGGGAACCAUCAGCGUUGGAGUAGAUGCCACUGACCUCUUUGACCGCUAUGAUGAGGAAUAUGAAGAUGUGUCCGGAAGUGGCUUCCCGCAGAUUGAGAUUAAUAAGAUGCACAUAUCCCAGUCCAUUGAGGCGCCCUUGACAGCUACAGACACAGCCAUCCUCUCUGGAAGUCUCUCCACCCAGAACGGCAACGGCGGUGGCUCCAUUAACUUUGCACUCCGACGUGUCACUUCUGCGAAGGGAUGGGGAGAGUUGGAGUUUGGAGCUGGAGACCUCCAGGGACCUUUAUUUGGUCUCAAGCUGUUCCGUAAUCUCACACCAAGAUGCUUCGUGACGACCAAUUGUGCUCUGCAGUUUUCAUCCCGUGGGAUCCGGCCCGGUCUUACUACAGUGCUAGCUCGGAACCUGGACAAGAACACCGUGGGCUACCUGCAGUGGCGCUGGGGUAUCCAGUCGGCCAUGAACACUAGCAUCGUCAGGGACACGAAGACCUGCCACUUCACUGUGGCCCUGCAGCUGGGGAUCCCUCAUUCCUUUGCACUGAUCAGUUAUCAGCACAAGUUCCAGGACGACGACCAGACGAGACUGAAAGGGUCCCUCAAGGCAGGCUUCUUUGGGACAAUAGUGGAGUAUGGAGCUGAGAGGAAGAUCUCCCGACACAGCGUCUUGGGUGCAGCUGUGAGCAUUGGCGUCCCUCAGGGUGUGUCUCUCAAAGUCAAGCUGAACAGGGCCAGUCAGACCUACUUCUUCCCCAUCCACCUGACGGAUCAGCUGCUCCCGAGCGCUGUGUUCUAUGCCACCGUGGGGCCACUGGUCGUCUACUUGGCAGUGCACCGAUUGAUCAUCCGACCUUACCUCAGGGCCCAGAAAGAGAAGGACCUGGAAAAGCAGAGAGAGAACACAGCCAGUGACAUCCUGCAGAAGAAGCAAGAGGCAGAGGCUGCUGUUCGGCUGAUGCAGGAAUCUGUCCGGAGGAUAAUCGAAGCAGAGGAGUCCCGAAUGGGGCUUAUCAUCGUGAACGCCUGGUACGGAAAAUUUGUCAAUGACAAGAGCAGGAAGAAUGAGAAGGUGAAGGUGAUUGAUGUGACCGUACCCCUGCAGUGCCUGGUGAAGGACUCCAAGCUCAUCCUCACAGAGGCCUCCAAGGCCGGGCUGCCCGGGUUCUAUGACCCCUGUGUUGGGGAGGAGAAGAGCCUGCGAGUGCUGUACCAGUUCCGAGGCGUGCUCCACCAGGUUAUGAUGCCUGACAGUGAGGCCCUGAGGAUACCAAAGCAGUCUCACAGGAUCGAUGCAGAUGGGUAAACCGCUUGGGAACCUUGAAGAAAGAGGCCACGAGAACCUUUUCCUGGGAGGCUACAGAUUUGGAAGCAGGGAAAACCCAGACAUGAGAUGUUUUAGUUUAUUUCUCCAGAAGGUGGCACUGUAUCAAUUAUGUGAAGGGACAUGCAGACAGCCUAGCUUCAUGGUGCUGUGGGUAGAACUGAGGAGCCCCCUGGCCAGACCCCAGCACGGCCAUGUCUUCCCCAAGGAUCAUGUUCCUAGAGGUCGCGCCCCUGGUCCUCCUCAAGUGGCUGUGCACAGCAGCUCUCUGGAGGCGUUUGGAACACUCUGCCCUCACACAUGGGACUGCUCUUCCUGAAGCCCACACUGCUCGUGGGAAACAUGGAAAGGAAGGCGUGUCGUGUGCUGCUCAGUAGACUUCCCACAAGCCACCUCUCUCUUCUGAAACGUCACCGAAUGGACUGGAGAGGACUGCGGGUUUAUAAAACUGCUUUUUAUCUGA